CAUUGAAGGUCGCCAUUUUAGUAAAAAAAUCGUGUACCAAAAAUCCGUCGUCUCCUGCGGUUCGUGUGAAAUUCACGUAAUUUUUGUGCAAUUUCGAUUCAAGUAGGAGUUUAAGUGCACGGUAACGGUUUCCUUCGGUCGUGAAUGUCAGUUUCGUGUGGUCACGGCGUCGUGUAAAGUGCUAAAAAGCGACGAAAAACAAGGGGACCCCGUAUGAACAGGAGCUGCGCUUCGUUCGCAACAGUCGCACACCAGUUUACACACGGAAAGCUUCCAGAUUCCCGCAAGUUCGGAAGCAACAAGUGAAUUUGGGUGGAUUUUUUUGCUCCAAAACAGUGGAAAGUGUGGAAAUUCGCCCGGCGGUGGGCUAAAGUUGUGAAAAGUGCAUGGAAAUGUGCAGUUUUAAGGCAUGUUGAGUUCGAAUUGCGCGAAAUAGUGCGAUUAUUUUGAAAAGUGCUACUGGUUUUGACACUUACACAGCAAACCAAUACAUCGAAAGAGGGCAAACGAGUUUUAUUUUCGUUGUCCGUUUUGUAUUUACCAGCGCAGUAAACUACUGGCUUCGUCGUCCUCGAUAUUGGUUGGUUCUGCUGGUGCAGCAUAAAAGUAGCAUACUCAUGCGCGCGCUCGCAUACACAUACACAUAGACGGACACAACGAGCGUGUGUGUUGUUAUAGGCCGAGAAGGCAGCACAUUAUUGAAUCGCGCACGUAUACCGCCGUCGCGGCGCGGUGCGGCGCCCUUCUUUCAUCUUCCGACGACGAGCGAGGCGAUUGAGCAGCAGAGGUGGUGUGGAUUUUGGAUUGGAUUUUGAUCGUUCGUCGUGUGUCUUCUCUGUGCUCUUCACGAUCGAAGCUCAACAACGCAGCGUUGGGAUCAAGACAUUUUUUGCUGCCCCUUUGUGGACGCCUUGUUGAAUGAAAUUUAUUUUGACGGUUUCAAUAAUGCAUCUAGACACGGCAGCAAUACUUCCCGGACACGCAAGGCACAUGGUGACGUGUGACUGAACACAAACAAUAGCAAGUUCCUUUAUCGUCAUCCAGGGAAAAGCGUACCACUGCACAUCGCGCCCGCAUCACAAACAACAUUCCAUGGUUCUCCAGAAGGAGAAGGAACCAAGAAAGGGCCUGGGGCCUUCACUGCCAACCGGACCGGCAGCAUCGGCGGUAGCCGUAACCGGCAGUGGGGCUAGCCCUUCCGAUGCAGUCGCCAUAAUGUCGUCACCUGCUUCGUCGUCGUCGGUGCACCACAACAAUGAGCAACCGGUCAUCAAACGGCAACGGAUCGAAAAGGAAUCCGACGUCGUGGAUAGCAGUAACACCAGUGUCAACUGUGCGGCCAGUUCCAGUGGGAAUUCGUCGAAUGGAUCAUCACUGGUCGCAUCCGCCUGUUCCAGUUCCACGUCCCUGUCGUCAUCGCCUCCAACGACGUCGUCAUCGUCGGCGGCAUCAUCGACGUCGGGAUCGUCUUCGAAAAUCUUGGACAGUAGCAAUAGUAGUAGUAGUAGCAGCAGCCGCAGCAGCAUCGGUGCGGGAUCAGAUGAAGACGUGCUGCUCAAGCAGGUUCAGGACUACCAGACGCUGUUCCAGGGGGCAAUUGCGAAGCAAUGUCUCUGCGGGUUGGAAACCGAGGUGCUACUGAUGUCGUUUCAAUCGUACUACGUUUGCUCCGGGAACAGUUCCCGGGGGGUGCAUCGGCAGCUGCUGCCGAUGAUUGAGUGGCCGUUCGAGUACCUGCUGAAGUUCCUCUCCAACGUGCAGCUGCUGUUCGAUACGUACUUGAAGCAGAACAUCAAGGGAACCAUCUGCUCCGGGGUGAUGGAUCUGUGUAACUAUUUGGUGAGGAGCGAGCAUUUACAUCCGGACGGCGAGUUUGUCGGGAUGAACAUCGAUGAGAUUAUAGGAUUAUGUAACUACAAUAACAAGUUUAUCAACUACCUGUCCGGACGGAUAUUGUCGUCGUUCCUGAUAAUAGUGAAGGACGAUUUGGAUGAUCGCUGGUUGGAGAAAAUUGUGGCCAAUCUGUUCGAUUUCAAUCAGCUGGACAUACUGGCAGUGAAGAAGGUUAACUUUAGUUUGGACGUCAUCCAGAGGAUAGUGGAGUGGAAGGACGAGACAGAACAUCCGCUGGAUGAUUACAUUCCGGGACAGGAAGCUGGUAGCAGCGGUGCGGGGGCGUCCAGCUCGAUGGGAUAUCAUCACUCUCUGCCUGCUGCUGUUCCAUCGUUGGAAAGCAAUUACUUUGCGACACAUUACGGUUCGCAACAGUACGGUAGCGAACCGUCAGUGAGUAGUAUUUUUAGUCCUUCGUCGUCGUCAGUACAUCCUGCACCAGUGCAUCACAGUAGUUUAAUAAGUCAUCCCUCCGUCCCCCAUCCGCUGUCGUCUUCCGGUCAGGUAUGCCAUAUUAUCACCCUAACGGAUUCGGAAAGUUUCGACACGACCCGAAUCAAGUGCGAGACGGUCAACAAGCUUGGGAAAAAGUGGCCAGCGCUGGUGGAGGUUGUCAGCCGGAUGAUCAAAGCCCUGUCCGGGUCGCAGUCGCAAAACCCUCAAAGCCUAACGGCGAUCGCUACCGAAACCUGUAUUCUAACAUUCCUGCGGCUAUGGGAAAGCAUCAUCAGCGUGAAGGCGAAUCUUUCCGUGGUCGAAACGCAACCGUUCCACUCACAAUUGGAUCACUUCCAGUUGCUUCUGCUCUCCACCAAGAACUCGGUCAUCUACAAACAGAUGCUGACCCUGUUCAAUGAAGCUCUCUGCUACGGAAGUACGCUGGCGCUGCAAGAUUUCAUCCCGGAUGAAGUGGGCAGUUUGGCCCAUAAUGUGGUCCGUUGCGUCAAAGACCAUCGGAUAUUGGACAAGAUGCCCAAGUCGACGUACACCAGUCCGUUGGGACUCAUCGGGUACAAAGGAGAGUUGAUACGGUAUCAUGACAGCAGGUUAUCUCCGGUGUCCGAUCAGAAUGGUCGCGUUCCCUCCUCAGGUGAAUGUCUUGCUGCUGGAAACAGUGGUGGUCCCGGAAGUACCAGUCACAGCAGCAGCAGUAGUAGUAGUAGUAGUAGUAGUAGUAGUAGUAGGGGUGUCGCAACCGUUGUCACCUGCGGCUACGAUCGUACUUUGAUGCAGAAAAUGGCUCUGCUGGUGCUGAAGGCGGUCGCCGUCAUAGUCAAGGAAAUCCGAUGCGAUUCGAGCGACUCCAGCGUCGAUAGUAGCGAUUUCGACAUGCAAGAAAUCCAGAUGAUCGAACGCAGUAUUCGGGACGUGGUGCGGAAGCUGGAAACGUUCCUGAAAAUUCAGCUCGAGUUCCACCCGGACAAUCACUUCAGCAAGGUGCUGAUUCACCUGUUCGACGAUCAGGACGACUACCUGGUGGAGGCAAUGGUGUGUACGCUGGACGUCACGUCCGGAAUUUCGUUCCGGAACAAUGCCUUCCCGGAGCUGAUCGCCAUCCUGAAUCCGGUUUAUACCUUCAUCGAGUUUUCCAACCUGGGACCGAACAUCACCCAUCUGUUCCUGGAUCUGCUCAUCAGCACGGAGACGUGUUUCUUGUUGUACCUGCUGCGCUUGCUGAAGUACGUCCGCCAGAAUUGGUCCAUGUUUACGCAGAGCUGCCUGACCUACUCGCAGCACAACAACUACAGCAACGCGAGCACGCUACUGCAGAGUAUCCGAAACACCAACAUCGUAAUCAACCCGAACAGCCAGAACGUGAUCCUGGACAGCGUGAUGACGGUGCUGAUCAGUUUGCGGUUGCAGAUCAGCCGCCAGGUUGCUGACGCCAUCUUCCCGUACAACAUCGGGCCCAUCCUGAGGUUGAUCGAGAACUGCGAGAGUCUGUACGAGGGUAAUGAGUUAAGUUGAGGUGAGUACCCGAUUACUGCUUGUUGUUUUGCCCGCCCAGAAGAAACGCGCAGAAGAGGGAGGGGAACGGCUCCGUUAUUCUCCAGUGUGUAUUUAUUCAUAUUAGUUUGUUAGCGAAUUACAAUGUUUGGUGCGGAAAACAAUUUCAAUAUAAUGAAACUUUUUUAAACGAUGAAUAUCGGUUUGAAUUUUAGAGAAUGGCUGGGAAAGAAAUACGCUGACUUCCCAAUCGGCGCUAGUAGAGGGUAUGUCUGUAACGCAUUUAGUUUAGAUGGCAAAUUGAUAAUGGUGGUUCAUUGAGCUCGAUUUUGGAAUGGAGACUUGGAUAAGCAAGCGAUAGCUCUGUUUCCGUGGCACCUGUGGGUAGGUUUAUCCAAUCAAUAGUUGUAAGCCAAGUCCAUCUUUAGUCUAAUUCUAUGGAAGGCCGAAGCCCAAAUCCUUCUGAUUUUCCAUCGUUUCCGUACGGUCAGAUUUUGCCCCAGUUCGUACAAAACUCUGUUUCCAAGGAAGUAGCAUUUGGAAUGACCAGGCUUCGACCGCCUUAACCCGCGCCUUUCCAUGAUAGCACAGGGGAUCCAUAACGUUUUGGGUUUGUCUCUUUGUUUGUCAAUCUGCCAUUAGGUAGUCAGUAGAAAUACUCAGAGGGGGAGAGAUGGGCGGAUAAAACAAAAUACAAUUCGGCAGCAGGGAUUUGUACCUAAAUUAUCUUGCAACCCUUGCUAGAAGCUAGCAUAUCACAUGACUUUUACUUUUGAUUUAAUUUACGUGCAAAAUAAUAAUAGAGUGCAUCGCAAUAUUUUGCAUAUUUCUUGGUGCCAUUAGUUAACCAACUAAGAUCAAUUAAUCAAUAGAGUUAGAAUAUUGUUUUUAAUUACUGCAUUCAGCACUUCACAACCAUAUUUUGAGUAUAACAUAAUGCGUAUUGUUGAGGGCAUUUUACCACAUGCCAAUUUAAUAAGUAAAAUAACCUCAGCAUGGGUGAGAUUGGAAUCAUACAGCACUUUAAUAUUCUCGUCAGCAGAUUUGAGUGUCUUGGCCUGAAGUUUAGACAUUGAUGGACCAGGCAAUGUACUUAUGUAGCCAACUACC